UCGGGAGCAGCUUCCGGUUGCUCGACGGCUAGUUGAUGCAAACAAGAGAGCAAAACAAGGAAAAACCUUUCUCCGCGAACACGGCGGAAACUUCAUCACCCAGGAGGAAAACCCGCCAAGAAAAGGUUUAUAUUUGUGGCGACGGAACCAAGGACGGAUUAUAUCCCGCUGCCGCGGUAGGAGGCGGCGAAGGAUAAAGGAUACUUGGAGUUUAUUGUUCCUCGCCUGCUCCAGCUAAGCUACCUGUUAGCCCGGACCCGAGGCUCUCACAGCAGGUCCGAGUCUCUGCAGGAACCCGCCGGUCCCAGGUCUCAGUAUCUACAGGAACCAGAAAGUCUGAGUCUGUGCAGGAACCAGCAAGUCCAAGGUCCUAGUCUCUAGUCUCUGGAGGAACCAGCAAGUCCCAGGUCCUAGUCUCUAGUCUCUGGAGGAACCAGCAAGUCCCAGGUCCUAGUCUCUAGUCUCUGGAGGAACCAGCAAGUCCCAGGCCCUAGUCUCUAGUCUCUGGAGGAACCAGCAAGUCCAAGUCUCUACAGGAACCAGCAAGUCCCAGGUCCUAGUCUCUGGAGGAACCAGCAAGUCCCAGGUCCUAGUCUCUAGUCUCUGGAGGAACCAGCAAGUCCCAGGUCCCAGUCUCGAGUCUCUGGAGGAACCAGCAGGUUCUAGUCUCUACAGGAAUCAGUUAACCCCUCACCCUGCUUCUGGCUCCAUGGCUACGUCGGCCCUGUACGCCUGCACCAAGUGCAACCAGCGCUACCCCUUCGAGGAGCUGUCGCAGGGCCAGCAGCUGUGCAAGGAAUGUCGCAUCGCACACCCAAUAGUGAAGUGUACAUACUGCAGAUCUGAGUUUCAGCAGGAGAGUAAAACAAAUACAAUCUGCAAGAAAUGUGCCCAGAACGUCAAACAGUUUGGAACACCAAAACCCUGCCAGUACUGUAACAUCAUUGCUGCUUUUAUCGGGACGAAGUGCCAGCGUUGCACUAAUUCAGAGAAGAAGUAUGGACCUCCACAGACUUGUGAGCAGUGCAAGCAGCAGUGCGCUUUUGACCGUAAGGAGGAGGGCAGAAGAAAGGUGGAUGGGAAGCUGCUGUGCUGGCUCUGCACUCUGUCUUACCGCCGUGUCCUGCAGAAGACCAAGGAACAGAGGAAGGGCUUCGGAUCUUCCAACUCCUCAUCUCUGAACGAGAAAGACCACCACUCCAGAUCCCACCACCAUCAUCAUCAUCAACAACACAGACACAGCAGUUCCCACCACAAACUGAGCGGCAGCCUGAGUCCUGAGCAGGACCCGGGAAUGUGGAAGCAGAGUCUUGAUUUGCUUUGCAGCCAUAAAUCAUCUUCGAUCCAGAAGGAGACUCCAAAGAAGAAACCAAAAUUGGAGAUGAAGCCAUCCAACGGGGACAGGCCUGGCGAGGGGUCUCGUUGGCCUGGCGGCCCCGCCAGGCCUAAACAAUGCAGUUCCAUCACCCAGUCCAUGGAUUCUGGUGGAACGGACAACUUCAUCCUCAUCAGCCAGCUGAAGGAGGAGGUGAUGUCCCUGAAGAGACUGUUGCAGCAGAGAGACCAGACCAUCCUCGAGAAAGACCGAAAGCUCACAGAAAUCAAAGCCGACUUUCAGUACCAGGAGUCUAACAUGAGAGUGAAGAUGAACCAAAUGGAGAAAUCACACAAAGAGGCGAUGGAGCUGCAGCAGGCCAAGAACAGGGAGCUGAUGAAACAAGUGGCCGCCCUCUCAAAGGGCAAAAAGUUUGACCGGACGGGGAGUUCUCUGCUAGUGCCCUAACAGCAGGCCGGCCGAUGGGCAACGACACGGAGAGGCUUCAUUUUUGUAACACUGUGAAAGUCUCUCCCCCGUUCCCUCAUUGCCAUCUGCAUCGAUUACUUCUUAACCGACCAAGCCAGAAAAAUCGUGUUGGACAUGGAAGUCGGUUGUUAAAUGGAAGAAAACCUUUUCUCUAAAUGUCAGCAUAUUUUAGAUAUUUUUUCGGAGACUUUCCCUCAGGAUCAUGAAAUACAACUUUAGAUAUGGUGGAGGAUGAAGGCCUCUUUUUCAACACUGCCGGGCCACAACGUAAAGGCGUGGCGUGCUUGUGUGGAUAUCAUUCUGGUGGCUCGACGCGUCCACUUGAAUUUUAUGGAUGUCAUGCAUUUAUUUAUUCAACUGUAUUUCUUAGCUUCUUUAUUUUUUAUUUCCUCACAACAUACUAAGAGUAUCCCACAUUUUGGGGGUUUUCUUCAAUAGCGAUUAGUUAUAUUUUUCUAAAUGGUUGCGACUGUGGAAGACAUGCUCUCAUCACCGGAGUUCAUGUGCCACCUCACAAUGUAUGCAAAUGCCAGAUGGGUUACCAGUGAACUGCUUCUCGGCAGUCGAAACCUCGUUAACAAUUCAGGAGCGACCAACGAGCACUCAGAACCGCCGUCUGGUCGACGUCUUGGCUGCCUCGCUCACUGUGUGACAGCUGUAGUGCUUUGUCGUCCCUCUUUAGUGGAACGACCGUAACUGCAUGAUUUUACUGCCAGAUACCGGACGGCAUUGUGGUCAGACUUUUACCUUACCCCCACUCUUUUAAAUUUGUUUUUUAAAGAAUCACUUGUAAAUGUAUUACUGGGGUCAGCCAUUGUAUUUAAACUAUUGCUUGUAUCUGUUUUAGUGAUUAAAAGUAUGUGUAUGGUGAGGCCAGUUGAAUUUAACAUGUCUGUAGAAAAUGCUUUUUAAAAGAACAAACCCACCUCUCGACAUUCUGGGCUGGUUUCAUACUGUGGCGUUCAGGAUCACUUUUGUACUUUUUUCCAAUCUUGUUUAAAUCUAUUAAAACUGGCUAAACUAUU